AUGCCUUUGGUGCUGAAAAACCUGUACACUAGAGUUGAUGAUGCCUCAAAAAAUUUUCGUACAUUUGUUAGGACUUACAACAACACAUUUGCUUUUACUUCGCUUGGCAUUCAUCAGUAUGACAAAGAUCUUUGUAAGCGUAAUAAAGGCAUAUAUACAUUCAAAGUUCAAGGGCAAAUGUAUCAUUUUAUCAAUAACUUAUUACCUUAUGGUUGCCCGCCGCGCAAUUUGCAACUCUAUUUUUAUGACACUGAUCAUAAAAUUAAAAAUCGAGUUGAAAGUGUUGCUAGAUUAGAAGAGAACAUUGUCAGAGCUUUGAUGGAAGUCAUGUCUUGCAAUCCAUACGCAAAUUUCUUUAGAAGUCUUAAGGAUGUUGUUCACUCGGAUGACUUUAGUAUUUUGUUGAACUCUUCACCUUCAUUGGAUCAAAGACUUUAUAAUUCGCCAACUGCCUCUCAAGUUGCUGCUGUAUGGAUUGAAGACUACGAUGGAGUUGAAGAUAAUAGGAAUAUUAGGGUAUAUGCACAUUGUGGUCGGUCACAAAAUAUCCAAUACUAUUAUGGUUGUUAUGAUCCAUUACAAUACCCUUUGUUAUUCCCAUUUGGUGAUGUUGGAUGGCAUGAGGGUAUUCAAAGAGCCUUGCAAUCGAGGAAUUUACAACCUCUUGGUUAUGCAAAUUCUUUAUCUAUUAAUGCAAACACACAAUCAUCUGUUGAUGAUCUAAUUCGAGAAGGCCAGGUAGGAAGCGAUCCUCAAUAUCUUGCAGAGAAUAUUAUGCGUAUAAAUUUCAGCGUUGGAACAGGUGCUGUGUUUGGUAAUGAGGUUGGACGCAGAGUUAUUUUGCCAUCGUCAUUCAUUGGGGGUCCUAGAGAUAUGCGUGGUCGAUAUAUGGAUGCAAUGUCGCUUGUCCAAAACUUUGGAAAACCUGAUAUGUUUUUAACCAUGACAUGUAACCCUAAUUGGCCUGAAAUUAAAGGCCUCUUGCAAUACAAUGACGAUGCACAAAAUAGGCCAGACUUGAUUGCGAGAGUAUUCCACGCAAAAAGGCAAGAACUUAAGAAUGAUAUUACAAAUAAACAAUUUUUUGGUGAAGUUGUUGCGUACACUUACGUAAUCGAGUUCCAAAAGAGAGGAUUGCCACAUGCUCAUUUCCUAAUUAUUCUAAAAGAUAAAUGUCAUGCAAUGUCUCCUUCUUUUGUUGAUAAUUUCGUAUCGGCAGAAAUACCGGAUAAACAUCUUCAACCUGCGUUGUACGAGCUUGUAAAAAAACAUAUGGUUCAUGGUCCUUGUGGUUUUCUUAAUCCAAACUGCCCUUGCAUGAUACAAAGGAAAUGCAAAUCUGUACCUACUUGUAAAAGUAAAUACCCCAAACUAUUUAGCCAUGCCACUGAGUUUACUGAUGACUCUUAUCCUAUUUAUAAGAGACGCAAUACACCCUUUUUUGUUCAGAUUAAAGGGUUUAAUCUUGAUAAUAGAUGGAUAGUGCCUUAUAAUCCCCACUUAUUACUUAAGUUUGAUUGCCAUAUAAAUGUGGAAGUAUGUGCCAGUAUUAAGUCUGUGAAAUAUAUUUACAAAUAUAUUUACAAAGGUCAUGAUAGAGUAAGCAUUACUUUGGGUGAUAACACCGAUGAACGUGUUAUUGAUGAAAUUAAAGAAUACCAGAAUGCAAGAUGGAUCUCGCCCCCUGAAGCUGCAUGGCGUAUAUUUGGAAUUGGAAUUGCAGAGAUGAAGCCUGCUGUAAUACAGUUGCAGAUACAUUUAGAAAACUCACAAUAUAUCAAUUUUUAUGGCCAUGAAAGGAUAACCUAUAUAGUGAGCAGAGAAGAUUCGUCUCGUACUAUGUUAACUGAAUUAUUUGCAAUGAAUCUUUCAAGCGAUUUUGCAAGAACUUUGAACUUGCUUUAUGUAGAAUUUCCUUGCCAUUUUGUUUGGUGUAAGUCAAGCAAGUCUUGGAAACCUCGUAAAAAGCAUACAGUUAUAGGCAGACUUGUGGCUGUUAAUCCAACUGAGGGGGAACGGUAUUAUCUACGGUUCUUAUUAAUGAAUGUCAGGGCGCCAACUUCGUUUGAUUGUUUAAGAACUGUAAAUGGUAAAAUCACUUCAUCUUUUCAUGAGGCUAUUGAGAAACUAGGAUUACUUGCAGGAGAUUUCGUUGUUGAAGAAUCGUUAAAUGAAGCAGUAUUAUUCCAAAUGCCUUCGAGUUUGCAGACUUUCUUUGCAACGCUUCUCAUCUUUUGUGAUAUUUCAAAUCCUAUUUCAUUAUGGAUGAAAUACAAAACACACGUGUCAAGACUUUUAAAGACAGGCUUGCACACAAAUGCUGAGGCCGAAUCAUUAGUCCUAAAGAUGAUUGCCAAUAUAGUACAAGAAAUGGGCAAGAAAACAAAAGACUACUGCCUAUUUGAUCUAUUGGAAUCCUAUGAUUUCCCAGGACGUCUUACUAAUGAGAUUUUGCACGAGAAGAACUUGACGGUUUCUGAGGCAGAUCUUUUAGCUAUUCACCAACUCAAUGUUUGCCAGCGAUCAGCUUUUAAAACUAUUACGGAUGCUGUUUUAGGUAAUAAACCUAGUGCAUUUUUUGUUGAUGGGCCAGGUGGUACGGGGAAAACAUUCUUAUAUCGUUGUUUAUUAGUAUUUGUACGUUCUAAGGGAUUGAUCGCUCUUACAACUGCAACUUCUGGCAUAGCUGCAUCUAUAUUACCUGGCGGUCGCACCGCACAUUCGCGCUUCAAACUCGCACUUGAUGGGAAUGAUAAGUAUAUAUGCAAUAUAGGUAAACAUACUGCUGAUGCGAGUUUACUUCGCCAUAGUAAAUUGAUUCUUUGGGAUGAAGCAUCCAUGGCACAUAGGAAUAUAGUUGAGAGCCUUGAUACAACGCUCAAAGAUAUAAUGGAUUGUCACGAUUUAUUUGGGGAGAAAGUCAUUGUAUUUGGAGGAGAUUUUAAGCAAACAUUACCAGUUGUAAGACAUGGAAAGAAGGAAGAUUUCAUUGCAGCAUCUUUGGUUAAAUCAAGUACUAUAUGGCCGCACAUUUGUCAUUUGAAUUUAGUUGAGAACAUGCGUGCACAUGCUGAUCCUACAUUUGCAAGUUACUUGAUGAAGAUAGGUAAUGGCACAGAACCUGCUAUUUACCAAAACAAAAUAAAAGAGCCUUCUCAAUUUCUUGAUUCAAAGCUUAUGCAAUGGUACACGACUCAUAUGUGA